AAAGGCGGUCUAGAUGCACAGAAGGUGCAAGCCUGAGCUCAGGCAGAACUUCCAGAGUGCAUCUGGGAUCCGCAUUUGCCACUGGUUGCAGAUCAGGUGGACGAGGAGCCGGGAAGGCAGAGCCAUGUGGCUGUCCCCCGCUCUGCUCCUUCUCAGCCUCUCAGGCUGUUUCUCCAUCCGAGGUCCAGUGUCCGUGAGAGGUCCAGAGAAGGGGUCCGUGAAGGUGCAGUGCCACUAUAAGCGAGGAUGGGAGACCCACGUCAAGUGGUGGUGCCGAGGGGCGCGCUGGGUCUCAUGCGAGAUCCUCAUUCAAACCAGAGGGUCGGAGCAAGAAGAGAAGAAGGACCUUGUGUCCAUCAAGGACAGUCAUACAGACUGCACAUUCACUGUGACCAUGGAGGGGCUCAGGCAAAAUGACUCAAACAUUUACUGGUGUGGGAUUCAGAGACUAGGGCCUGACCUUGGGACUCAAGUGCAACUGACUGUUGACCCAGAGGGAGCAGCUUCCGCACCAGCAAGCUCAUCUGUCAACAGCAGUAUCAGGGUGUCCAUCAGCACCCACAAGAGGAACCACUACAUGCUCCUGGUAUUUGUGAAGGUGCCCAUCUUGCUCAUCUUGGUCGGUGCCAUCCUCUGGUUGAAGGGGUCUCAGAGGGUCCCCGAGGAGCCAGGGGACCAGCCUAUCUACAUGAACUUCUCUGAACUUCUGACUAAAGACAUGGCCGCUUAGAGAGAUGGAUCUGCAGAGCCUUCCUGCCUUGGACCACGUUUCCAGAAGAGACUUGGGCUGUGGAAGGAACAUCUCUGAGUCCUCGGGUUGUGGCAACUGAGAUAGGGGCCCUGGCCUCUGCCCUGGCCUUGGAGCUGGUGGGCACCUCCCUGCCCACCAGGGCCGGGGCCUCUCCCAAGCCACUAUCACCUCCUGGGGUGCCAGCACCUGUUCUCUUGGUCAGGAGCUGCAGAGAUGGAGCUCAAGCCUGGAUGACUGUGUCCCCACUGCUGGAAUAACUCUGGCACAGAGCAUGGGACCAAAGUACAGAGAGAGGUUGGGGGAGACCCCCCCAGCUCUAGACUUCCAUCAUCCCAGAGACCAACUCAACACUGUCUUUGCCUUAGAGCCUGA